AUUCCAAGUCGGAUCAAAAACCUAAAAUGUCCAGGUCGUUGUUAAAGAAAACUUCUAAUCGAUCCAGAAGUGAAAAGAUGCGAGUUAAGUUUAGUGAGACUAUGACCGUGUUUUCGGAAGAGUUUUCGAAACCACAGAAAGUAACUAUACAACCAAUAGAGUCAUUCCUUAAUGAUACGUGUCUAGUGUACGAACCUCCGCCUCAGUAUCAAAACUCGUUGAAUCUCAAACCUCCAAGUGAAUAUCGAGAUACACUGGACAUUGCCACGUCAUUUUUUUUAAAUCGAGAACCUGGUUCAACACUCGUAGAAGCGACCUCAUUUUUGGCUUCCAAAAACGAGAAUAAUUCGGAGAUGAUUAAUGGGAACCAUGAGGUUAAAGAGGAGUCAAGUAGGGAAAGUAGAGCCUCUCGAGCGUUAAGUGGACUAGUGAAAAGUACAGAUGUGGUUAGUAUCACAGGCGACAAUGAGGAGAAGUCUGUUUCCGUGGGUAGAGAACCACUUUGUGAUCUUUUAAACAAAGACGCGGGAAAAGACGAAAAUGUGGGAAUCUUUAGUAGUGAGAUUGAAUACUUACAAGGUAUUGGUACUUUGCCUUUUAAAAGCUUAAGCACUCAUGACAAAUUAAUUGAAACAUUAGAUUCCAGAUCUCAAACAAAAUUGCAGGACGCUUUGCCUGCAGAUUCGGAGUUUGUUACCAUGCCUUCGGCACCAGAGAGCCAGCUUCCCGGCCUCUCACCUCCACUGAGUCAGCUCAGUGUGGACCUGGUCCAACAUAGAAAGGAAGAUGAGGAUUGGCGGGUACAGCUAAGUCCACUUAACUCCGUUCAGGAAACGGACAGUGACUCCAGUGUUUCUUCCCAAGACACCAUCAUCAUGAUGACUUCAGAAGAAAGUAAACGCAAUGAAGAACGUAUUCGUGAAAGCUUCCGACGCUACGAGGAACUUCGGAGACAGAUUUUAGGCCAACAUAUGAAUGACAAGCUAAGGGAGAUUCUGGUCUGUAGUUCUCCACAAGACAGCGAGGACAGCAAAUCAACUGGCUCUUCUUCAUCUCUCAGUGAUGACAAAGGUCCAGAAGAGUACACCACUAGACAAUGUCAGGGGAUCAACAGAACUAAUUCUCAAAUCCGUCAGGCUUUAGAAAGAAGUGCGUUGCGUCGAAGCUUACAAAAGAAAGCUGAAGUUCGGAAACGAGUUGCGCCAUCUAGUGGUGGGAUGAACCAAAGAGGUAACUCGGAAUCAUCUUCUAACAUUUCUUUGGUGGAAAAACUUAGGUGGUUGACAACCGUAAACUCGAAGGAAUACAGCGAAGAAGAAGUGAACGAAAACGAAGAAGAAGAAGAAGUGAACGAAAACGAAGAAGAAGAUCACGUUGAAAUGUUUCAUUCAUCGAAUCUUCAUUAUGAAUCCUCAGUGCCCCAGCAAUUGAGAAGUUGGAACUUAAUAGACGAUCCCUAUUUUAAAAAGACAGAACAACUACUCCCUGCCAUUCUUAGGAAGAAGAGGCAACUAAAUGUACAAAAGUGUUUGUACACGAAACCAUCGUCACUUGGAAAGGAGCGGGAAGAUCUUUCUAGCCGGGAAAAUAGGUUAGCAUCAUUGGUCAUUCCUGACGACCUUCGCGAUUGGAAAAUAGGUUCUAAACUAGCGAAAAACAAACUGAAAUCAUCCAUAAAAGAUUGCAAUAAUCACUCCUAUACAGUAUCACAAGAGAGCGUAAGUUGUGACAUCCAUAAAUCACGUGUACCCCCUCUAGUGUCGGCUCAAGGUAUUAAAAAGGGUGUCUUCAUCAAUGGUACAUCAGAUGAAUUAGAAGUCUUUGUAAAUCAAGAUCUGAAUAGGAUUGAGCGGCUCCGUAAACGGUAUAGCUUAUCAGAGGAAGACUCAGACUCCACAUUUGGAUUUUCUCGGAGACCGUCGGUCAGAGGGAUUCGACCCCGCUUUGGCUCCACCAAUGAAAUUUUGAGACAAAUGCAGCUUCAACUUCAACCACCUAAAUUAGCCAAUCCAAAACACACUGGCAGUCAUGUAACCUGGCCAUAUAUGGAUGUUGAAAGUGCAAGCCAAUCAGCACAAAGACGAGUGCCAGGGGUGAUUCUGUUAAAUGUUAAACACGAGGAAAGAAUAAAUGGACUAGAACUGAUUCCUAAGUUGUAUAGUAGUCUACCACCAAAUCCAGUAAGGUAUAACCACGUGCGUGGUAGUACCAGUAAUCUUGUAUCCCAGCCACAUACUCGGAAGUUUCAAGAAAAUACGUUUACCGAAUUGUCUCAAAACGGCGUUGCGGCUUACAACCAAGAUAGCAAACCAGUGAGGAAAGAAAGGUUGGUUUCUUCCUAUAAAGGCGAACGAGGUACACCAGAAGGCGCUAGUACAUCACCAAAGGUUUCUUCGGACUCUGUGUAUCACAGGGCGCCCUCCCAUGGGAUAUCGAAACCAGCCAAACAAACCGGUGUAAUAUAUUACACCAUGAAUGUGUGAAGUGGGACAAAAAAAAAAAGAAGGAAGACUAGUUAUAAGGUUAACUGUGAUAUAAAGUGACGUAAGAAUGAUCACGUGUCUAGUUUAUUCUCGAAAAUCCACAAAAGAACAGCAUUGUUUGUAUAAAAGUGUAUAUAUCAUGCAAACGAACGAUGUAAAUCCAGUGCAGAGUUGUUUGGUGACCAUAGUUUUUUUAUUCUCACUACAAAAAAAGUUUGUUUUUUUUUAAGUUUCCAAAGACCUGUUCUUUAUUUCAAUGUUUUCUGAAUAAAAAUAUAUUCAGAGUAUAAAACUAAAUAUUUUUUAGAAUAUUCAAAUAUCAAUGCGUUGAUUAGUUGUUGUAAUUGCGUGUUCUUGUGAUGUUUUUGUCGUACGUUAUAUAGAUGCUGAAAAGUUCAAACAACAACAGUGUUCACAGUAUUUAAGGAAUUAGAUAUAUCUUGUAAACGAUAUAAAAUGUACACGUAUAUAUAUGUAUAUAUUUAUACACACAGGUUUUCUCUUGACAGCUUAUAGUUUUCCUUAUAUAUAGGUGUGUAUAUAAAUGUUUGGAUGGAAUGACUAGUCUUUCAUGUUAAUGUCUUUAUAAACUGAUCAAAAAAUAUAACCAUAUUUACGUUAUGACUUGAUUUCAAAUUUUACCCCUUCACCAAACUGCCUUUUCAAAAUUUUUUUUAAGGAUUUUUUCUCGUUCAGGAUAAGCGCCACGUGAAGAAACGGAAUGGAUUUUUUUUUUACAACCGCUUAGUGAAAAGUAGAUUAUAUUUUAAUAAUCCAGGAAAAACUUCAACUUUUGUGAAACGAAAUUUUUAUAAAUUUUGCUCUGUGGUUCAAACGCUUACACCGAAGUUUAUUUGAUAAGUUAUCUACAAAGUUAUAAAUGCGCAAACAAAAUUUAUAAUUGGGCUUCUGCGCAACUAGUAGUCCAAAAAAUUUAUCAGUGAUCUAGCAUAACAAACUGAAUUCUGGGUACAGAUAAAAUUUUCAGUAUAGAUAACAACGUACAACCACAACUGACUUAAAAAAAAAAAAAA